AAAGACACCAAGAUCAGUGCAUCUGAUGACUUUAAAGGUGAAGCCUCUAAAGUUCAGGAAUUCAUAAUCAGCUGUGAAUUAUACUUUGCGGCCAACCCAGAGAGAUACGCAGAUGAUGACAAGAAGAUUAUCUUUGCCCUGUCAUAUAUGAAGGGAGACACGGCAGGAGCAUGGAAAACGGUCUUCUUGGACAAGGUCAAUGGAUCUGAAGAAGAUAGUGAUGAUGAAGAC